AUGAGUAAGGCAGCACUGGUACCCACGUCCUGUUUCGCCAUAAAUGACCCACCCAUAGACCCCACUGAAAGGGCUCGAGACACAAUCCUCUCAGUCAAGAAGCAUCAGGAUCUCGUUCGCGCUCAGUUGGCAGUUAUAGUAUCUCCGGAAAGGGAUUCUCAGCCACCCUCCACUGCUGCAAGCAGAGAAGCGGCCGAUGAGAGGUUCUCGUCCUCCAUUAACACCCCAUACCAGGGCUCCGGCAUUCCUAUAGCCCUCCCUCCAGAGCCUAUAGAGAACUUUGCAAAAGACAUCGAUCUGACGCUGGAACUUCUUAAAAGAUAUAACGAUAUCGCCGUACCUCAUCUUCAUGCUGUCUCAGGUUUUUGCGGCAUACCUCUUAGCUCUAUCGUACCUGCAAAGAGACGUGCAUCACAGCCAAAAAUAAGUACGAAGCCCUCAGCCUCAGCACUGCCGCGUCGCUCGAGCACAACAAACACAGUCGCUACUACUAUCACAGACCCAAGGCACCCAGAGCCGUCUCGCAGACCAUCGCUACCUCUUCCAUCGCCGUAUGGCACCAACACUAUCUCGUCCCCUGUCGACAGGUCGCGAGAUCCGCGCCGGGAUCAUCUCCAUAGGUUCCCUAAAUCUAAAUCUCCAGGAGAAAUCCGCUCAACUUUGGGACUCACACAUAGCCCUAUAUCGAGCACCGGAAUGCCCUCCCCACUAAUCUCAGAUGGAAGACGCGAAAAAGAUACUCCACGGGCAGUGGAACUAGACGUAAGGGAAGACGAUCCUUCCCACCUUAGCGUCACUUCUCCGCGACCUAUUCCGCCGCUCAUUUCGAACACGGCACAAUCAUCUGUGGAAAAGACCCAGGAUCCGCGCCGAAAGCGACAGGCACCGAUAUCCCCUCGAAAUGUGGAUUCUUCCAUAGAAGGCGCACUGAACAGUGGCGGAGCACAAUCAAGUAUCAUAAGGCCGAAUUCCGAAGGGACUUCGCCCAUGGGGAAACCACCUACCGAAAUAACGCAAGAUCCACGUCGCAGGCCUACCGUACAAACCGCACAGCAGCAUCCGUAUGAGUCCUCGUCCGCAAACACCCCAACACAGCCCAUAGGGUCACCAGCUACAUAUGUAGCGCCAAGUCCAACAUUAGAUCGAGAAGCUCAUACUGGCUCUGCAGUGCCCCCGCGUGGCUCAGAUGCAUCGGCGACUUCGGUGCCACCAAAACCAGUACAAGUUCUUGCGGGCUCUCGAGGGGGGCCAAGCAAUGCUCCACAACAGACGACGCUGGAUGCAGAUGGAGAUAUUCAAAUGGGUGGCACAGCGUACGACGUGGCUCGAGAUCCUCGCCGUCGGCCCUCUGUACCAACUCCAAUCUCAGAAUCAAACAUUGUAUCGGGUUCUAAUAGUCGCGAUAGGCAGCCACCACAGAAUCCAGCUCCCGCUCCCCCGGCGGUAUCCAGCAUCUCCCACUCUCUCACUCCUCGUGACGUGCACCCAGAGUUAAUCCAGCCCGCAGCUCCUUCCAAGGCAGCACUUCCUCGGGUGUCGCCAAACUCACCUAAUCCACAUUUUGACGCUGCGACACUUUCCGCACUCAGGGCAGCCAUCACAAACACUCCUCUUUACGAAGGCGACUAUGUAAACCUGGCAAGAAUAGGCGGUUAUCUAAAGCAGAACUCGCCUGAGAUUGACUUUCGGAUCCUUGGGUACAACUCUUUAUCAGACUUCAUGGACGCUUCUGGAAUCGUGGAGACGCGGGCUUUCUACAAGUCUGGCAAAACAGCGGUCAAAGGUGCACGUCUCCGAAAGACAUAG